ACGCGCCCUUAGCGACGGGCCUUCCCCUGCCGCUCUGCGAGGCCCGAUGGCGACCAACCCCACCGCCAACCCCACCGUCUUCCUCCUCAUGGUCAGCGGACAGGUCGAGAGUGCGCAGUUUCCAGAAUUUGACGAGCUCUACUGCAAGUACUGCUUCGUGUACGGCCCCGACUGGGCUCCGAUUACGGGCCUGGAAGAAGGCAUCUCACAGAUCACGUCCAAGAGCCGGAAUGUCCAGCAAAACCUGGUCUGGAACUUCCCCAUCGACGUCACCUUCAAAAGUACCAACCCCUUUGGCUGGCCACAGAUCGUCAUCAGUGUGUAUGGCCCUGAUUUUUUUGGGAAUGAUGUGGUUCGGGGAUACGGAGCCGUCCACGUCCCUUUUACACCUGGCAGGCACCAGAGGAUCCUCCCAAUGUUCAUUCCAGAAUCAACCUCCAGACUGCAAAAGUUAACAAGCUGGCUGACGGGCAGAUAUCCCGAAUUCACUGACCCCAAGGUGGUAGCCCAGGGCGAAGGCCGUGAAGUGACCCGAGUUCGCUCACAAGGCUUCGUCACAGUUUCCUUCAACGUGGUGACCAAGGACAUGAAGAAGCUGGGCUACGAUGUCAGCUCACCAACCCUCGCCAGCUCCUCACUCACCUCGGUGACAGAUGCGAUGUAUAAAUUCUAAACUUGCAAUUUUGGGUCCUGCAAGACGCAACUCGGAGCUGACCAAGGUUAUCAGAUAAAAAUGUUUCUGUGCCAACCCAGGAGAAUCCAGACCAGACCAGUGCAGAUGUACAGAAAUCACAAUGCCUGAGGGGUUUGCAAAGUGGAUGUGGGUAUGAUGGCCAGCUGUGGCUAUGAUAAGCCAUUUGCAGUGGGGCAUUGCUUCACUUUUGGGAGCAUUUGCUGUGUGGGCCAGAAGCAUCGCUGACUUUUGAUUUUUGCCACAAGUAGAAACUGUUUCUGCAUGCGUGCACGCACACUUUCACACAAACACAUCCAGACAUGAUUAGGGUUAUCAGGAGGGGUUGGGUGAGAAAGGAGACUUUCUGGUUGCAUUAUGCCAUUUUAGCACCAUGACAGAGUAUUCUCAUAGUUUGCAUUAAUAGCACAUGUGUCUGUGGGCGUAUAAGAAGGAAGGAGGAAGAAGAAAUUGAGUUUAAAGCUAUGCAAAUUAUUUCUAAUUUCAAUAUGUCAAGUAGGAUUUAAAACAAAAACACUGGUCUAUUUUUUUUUUCAAGUUACAGGUUUUAUAAGAAUCUUUUAUCCCCAUAAAGGUCUUGGAGCGUGGACUUGAUUUUCAGUUUAAAAUACAACUUGGUUUAGGAAUUUGUACUGUUUCCAACUAAAUCAAUUCUGCACGGUCUUUGAUGGACAAUUAAAACGAAAAACAAACCCU